AGGUUGCGUCUGCUCCCCUUAAAAGACAGCAGUUCAUUUGUUCUACUGCACAAUUCAUUCUUGGACAGCAGCGGCAUGGUGCAGCCAGCGGAGCACGUGGUGUACGCCAUACACGACUACGAAAUUCCAGGAAAGGGCUUUCUUCCAUUGAAGGCGGGGGAUGUUAUCUACGUGGUGGAUGCCGAUGCCAGUGGGUGGUGGCUCGGUAUAAACCUCCGGCGUCAGCGAGGCGUCUUCCCCUCCACCUACACCCUCCCCUACGUCUUUCCAGCGCCGCCCGCUGACCUUCUCCGCGACGUCCAGCUUCUCUUGCUGGCACGCGAGUUUCAAGUCGACCUGGUAAGCGGUGCGCCGGUCGCCCUGCGCGAGUUGAAGGCAACGCCGCACUCCCCCUCUCACGUUUUGGCCUCUGCGGAUUUUCUGCGUGACGAGCUGCAGCGGCUGCUGCUCGAGCGGGAGGCGGCGCGCAAGACUGUCAUGGACCGCCUCACCCAGCUGCUCGGCAGCCAGGAGCGUCGGCGAGUGCAGCAACGACAGGCAGUGGAAGCGCAGAGGGCGUAUGAGCAGCAAUGCGACUCUAAUGACGAGAAGAUGCGGGAAGCACGAGGGGAGCUGCAGGACGUGAUAGGGUCCAUUGGGGAGCGACGAGAGGUACUGCUGUUGAAGGGGAAAGUUCCACCGGCCGCAUGGUACCAUGCAUUGGCGGACGUGGUGGACGCUGCGUUGCCCGAUUCGAACGCGGACGCCGUACCACCUCGUGAAGCCGUCUGGCGAGCUGCCUUGAAGGAUGUAAAGGCCGUCGUGCGGCAGCAAGAGAAACUGCUCGCCGCGUUGUCUUCCCGUUGCGCGGAAGCGGAGGCCGCCUUCACCGAAGCAGCCGCCGCCCUGCAGACGCGCGUUGAGUGGCGUGACACCAACGUGGCAGCGAUGCUCGCCUACUGGGCCGAUGUUGCUGCGCAGACGAAGCUGACCUACAUCUCCCGCAAGACGGAGCGUGAUGCGGCCGAGGCGGCGCAUCAGCAGGAGGCUGCACAACUGCGCCGCCGCCUUGAAGAGGGCAAGAGGUGUUUUUCGGAGGCGAAGGAGACGUACCGAAAACUUAAGCGCGAGGCGCAGACCGUUUCUGAUGCGCUGAGGCAGCAGGAAACGCUGAAUGCCCUUUCGCGAGAGAUAGCGCACGCCGAUAGCGAGAUUGCAGUGCGGCAACAACGCGCGUAG